AUGGAUACGAGUGCAAUUGAAUGUAAUGGAAGUCGUGAAGGGCAUGUCUAUUUGGAGCAAAGAAGCUGGGAACAACUCAAGGUGCCAGAUCUCCUUCCAUCUGUGAUGCGUGAUCUAGAAAACAACAUUGGAAGCUGUGUAUCUGAGCAAGUAACUUCUGGAUGUUUACCUUCAGACAAGACACCAGAAUUUUGGGAUGUAAUGGAAAACAUUAAACGAUAUUUACUUGGUGACACACAAAGUACGACCGUUUUGGAUGAGAAAUCUCUAUUGAAAAAGGUCGAUUCUCUCUCCUUCCUCCUGCAAGAUCCUGCAACAAGUUCCAGUGCGAAACUUGAAAAAGGAAUUUACGAUGAAGGUGCUAAUUAUGGAAUAAAUGUUGCGCCCAAUCUUUCAAAUGACCCGCUGAUGCGUGAAAAGACAAGUAACGAUAUAUUUUUCUCUCAAGAAAACUAUAGGUCUGGUUUUGGUUGCACGCCGAUUGCACCUUCCAUGUCGAGGAUAGACUCAUUAGCAGAUUUUUAG